GCAGCUCUCAACUUGAGUCAGAGCCUCAAGACUUUGGUGUCCAACAUGCCCUGCAAGGUAACGCAGGGACAAGACGCUCUGCCUCCUCGCGCGGUGCCUGAAGCUGUUAUGCGCCUGCUCAGGGCGAGGGGCGAGCGAGCUGGGCCGAGCAGCGGCAAGAAGAAGAAAGGAGAGACACCGAUGAAAGGAUCAGCAAAGAAGGUGAAGAAGUAG